AAAUAUCAGCUUCUCGACUGCGUUAUAAUUUGAUAAGUAAACAAAAUACCCAUAAUGAUUCAAAUUCUGAAAAGGAGAAGAAAAUUUUGAUCAAGAAACUGUGGAAAGCAAGAAGGGUUCAAAGGAGAAACUUUGCUGCUUUUAUAAACUCAGGUUCAUGUGCUAGAAUUCAAAGAUUGAUUUUAUGGUCAGCUGAAAUAAAGGAAAUGAAAAAAAACCUUAAUAAGCUUUGUGAGGCUCCUGCAGACUGUACUUAUGCUGAUCGUUCAGUUGUGGAUUACCAGACUUUAAUGAAGAUCCUACGCAGACUGAAUGGAACGAGACAAGGCUAUAAGCUGCAUGGUCUGUUAAGGAGGGGCAUUGGAUUUCAUCAUGGCUCAAUGGAAUACAGAGAAAGACAAGUUGUAGAGUUGCUUUUUAGAUUGAGACAUGUCAAGGUGGUAACAGCUACCUCAUCCCUUGCUUUGGGAAUUAAUAUGCCGUGUAAAUCUGUUGUUUUUACAGAAGAUUCUGUUUUUUUGGAUGCCUUAAACUUUCGACAGAUGUCUGGCCGCGCAGGAAGACGUGGAGAAGAUCUUAUAGGCAGUGUCUUCUUCUAUGGUAUUCCAUUACCUAAGAUAGAAAGACUCUUAAAAUCUAAUGUGCCCAAACUGAAGGGUCAAUUUCCUUUAAAAUUGUCUUUGAUUCUCAGACUUAUGCUACUUGUUGCUAAAGCAGAUGACAGAGAGGAUGCCAAAGCAAAGGCAUUAUCAGUUCUUCAGCAUUCAUUGAUAUCCUUCAAGCAACCAAGGAUCAACAGAGUGAUAAAAUUUUAUUUUGUAUAUUCUUUGCGCUUCUUAGUCACAGAGGGUUACCUGAAUCAAGAAUGUAUUCCCAUUGGAUAUUCUGGACUUGUGUCUCAUUUGCACUACCAUGAGCCUGCAAAUUUUGUUUUUGUAAGCUUGCUUUUAAAAGGUUUAUUUCACAAGUUAUGUGUUCCAACCUACAUACAUGGCUGCAAGUCAUUUUCCGAAGAUGUGAUGGAAACCUUAGUGGUAGUAUUAGCCAAUCUUUUUGGAAGAAAGUAUUUACCACCCUGUGUAAAAAAUUUUGAAAAGAACUUUUCUCAUUCAGUGGUGAUUCUAAAUGCUCUUCCCAAGAACUUUGCUGAAGUGGUAGAGGAAUACAACAACAGAAUUCAGAAUAAUUUUGUUUCCUUUCUCUUAACAAUUUCUAAGUUGGCUGACAUGAGAAAAGAAUGCCAACUACCACUCUCAGAAACUGACUUUCCCGGUAAAGAGUAUGAAGAUUCUGAACUGGUCUUUCAUUUGAUGCCUGGGACUGAAAGCAGAACUGCUGUCUCCCCAUUUGCUUGCCUGUCCAACAUAACUGAUCAAGAUUUAUUUGAUUUUAAUGUGCUAAGUGAUGCCAUGUUACGAACAAUAAACAUGAAUGUAAAAAAUAUUCCUUUCCUAUGCUUGAAUAAACAAGAUGGAAUUGGAAGAAAAUGCCCAUUGAAUGGUUAUGUAUUGAACUUCUACAAACAUGGUUCCUUGUCAAUGCUGCAAUUGGAUAAUUGGCUCAAUAUGGGAGAUGCCUUUAAUUUUAUCAGAGACUUUACACUUGUUAUUCAGUCCAUCAGCAUUUCACUAAGUGAAUUAUGUGAUGAUGAAAAUGAUAAUGUUGUGUUGGCAUUUAAACAACUAAGUGAAGCAUUCAAAGCAAAACUUUGGAAAAAAAGAAGAUUCAGAAAAUAUUAAAGUUUACCUAAGUACUAUGGUCCUAGAAAACUAAAUUCAAGAAAUCACCCACUUUUUUGGUGUGUGUUUUAGGAAAUGACUCGAUACGACCACCCCUUCUUAUGUGUUGAAGAUGACCUCCUUGUUGAUCUAUCACAAUGCUCAGAUACCCUCCAAAUUCUUAUUCCUUGUCAUAAAUGAUUACCUGU